UUCUCAUUAGGCUAGGUUUUGGAUAAGCACAAAAUCGUUUCCGACGGUAAAACGGUUACUUGCCUUUUCUCCUUUCGUCUAUAUAAACACCAUAUCUCAGUUUCUGGAUCUCAUCAUUUUCUCCUCGCUUCUGAGUUGCUUUUCUGGUUUCUUUCCUUCUCGGACUGCAGCAGUAAUGGAUGUUCUUCAUUUCGUAUUUGGGAUCUUUGGGAAUGCCACUGGUUUGUUUCUAUUCCUCGCUCCAACAAUAACAUUCUAUCGGAUCAUGAAGAACAGAUCUACUGAGCAGUUCUCAGGUAUCCCGUACGUCAUGACCCUGCUGAAUUGUCUGCUCUCCGCAUGGUACGGGCUUCCGUUCGUCUCCCCACACAACAUCCUGGUCAGCGUAAUCAACGGUACAGGGGCUGCAAUCGAGUCAGUUUACGUGCUUAUCUUCCUGAUAUUCGCGCCGAAGAAGGAGAAGGCGAGGGUAGCGGCACUCCUCUCUUUCGUUCUCGCCGUCUUCUCGGCCGUCGUCGUGGUCUCUCUCUGUGCCCUCCACGGCAACACCAGGAAGAUCUUCUGUGGCUUCGCUGCCACCAUCUUCUCCAUUAUAAUGUACGCCUCACCUCUAUCAAUCAUGCGAAUAGUGAUCAAGACGAAAAGCGUGGAGUUCAUGCCGUUCUUCUUGUCGCUUUUCGUGUUCCUGUGCGGGACGUCGUGGUUCAUCUACGGCCUGCUCGGUCGAGACCCGUUCAUCGCCGUGCCUAACGGGUUUGGGUGUGGACUGGGAACGUUGCAGCUGAUACUUUAUGCGAUUUACCGGAAGAAUAAAGGUGGGGCCGAGGAAGAGGCCCAGAAAAGCGUCGAUGAUUCAAUUGAGAUGGGCUUGGGUAAGCCCCAAGGCCCACAAUCACAACAAUAACAACUGUAGCAGAAGCAACGGCCGAACGACAAGCCCUGAUGUCGGUUCUUGAUUGAGUUUCAUAUUCAUGCAUAAUGCAUUCCUUCGCUUCAAGCUGAUUGGUGGGACCGAAGGUGGCACUGUACCAAUUGGCUUGAUGGUGAGAUCUCUGGAUGAUUGUAGCGGAGACGUGGGACUCAAUCCCUCCUUCACGAAUCACGAGGAUUUGGGGAGGGUUACCCACUUUUGUUAUUUGUUAAGACUGAAAUUCUGAAAAUAUUAGUAGUGGGCCCAUUUUUUGUUGUGGGUUCCGAUCCUCCAAAUACAAGACAUGUGGCAAGCUGUGGGGGCCCCGGACAGAUUUACAGGCUUUGUAUUGUAUUUCUGUAUUGUAACGGCGUAGUGGAUUCUUCCCAUUAGAUCCCAUCUCUCUUGAGAUGGGCUGGGCUUGAACUCUCUUGAAUUUGAAGUCUUCAAUUUGAAGAAGUGUUCUAUUAUUUCUUAAA